ACAUCACAUUAAGAAUUAAAAAAACCAGUUAUUGUUGACAUACAUUUAUGAAUAAUUUAUUAGAAAAGAGAAUGUAUUAGAUUUCCAUAAAAGUAGUCAUGAUUUUAUAGCUAAUAUUAUGUCAGCAGUGAUAAGUGUCAUAUAAUAAUGUGCGUGUGCACUGUGCUAUAGUUUCCUGUUAGAUGUUGACUAAAAUUAUAAAGUAAAAAUUUACAAAUUUAAUCAAGCGUAGUUUUAAAAAUACUCACAUAAUAUUUACAUCACCCAAGAUGUCCACGUUAAUAGUGAGCUAUUGUGAUAAUUUACAAACAAUUGCUUUUAACCGUCCACAAAAAAGAAAUGCGAUAAACUAUCAGUGCUACAACGAUGUAGUGAAAGCUUUAGAAGAAGGUGGACAAAAUGAAUCGGUAUCAGUUACGUUGUUGACUGGCAUUGGUGAAUUUUACAGUAGCGGUACAGAUUUAAUGGACGAUUCGAAUACAGAUGUCAAUCAGCGUUUGGCAGCAACAUACAAUUUCGUCAAAGCUUUUAUAGACUAUCCAAAGUUACUUGUAGCACUGGUGAACGGCCCAGCUAUCGGAAUCGCUUGCACAACAUUAGGUCUUUGCGACCUCGUCUAUGCUCAAGAGAAAGCAACUUUCUCAUGUCCUUUUCACAAACUAGGUCUUACUGCCGAAGGCUGCUCGACAAUCACUUUUCCGUUAAUUAUGGGAAAACUUAGAGCCACGGAGUUUUUGCUUUCAGGUAAAACGAUUACAGCUCGUGAAGCAUUCCAAAUGGGUUUUGUCAAUGAAAUAGUCGACAACGGCACUGUCGGCCAUAAUAAUUUAAUUAAAAAAAUUACGACUCAAAUAGCCAAAAACAAAAUGCCUUUGUUUUAUACAAAAUCCAUGAUGCUUCAAGGUCCAUUUGGCAAAAAAGAAUUGCACGAAAGUAAUAGGAGAGAGUGCGAAAGAUUACAGGAAAGAUUAAAUUCAAACGAUUUCUAUAAUUGUUUGAUUGACUUUCUCAACAAAAAAACCUUAAAAAAUAAGUUUUAGUAGUUACCUUCAAAACUGUUACAUUACGCAUCACAAUUCAUUACAUUACAUCACAUUAAGUAUUCAAAGUAUAUUUAUAAAAAAAAACAUUUGAAUAUUUUUAUGGUAUCUAUU